UGUGCAAGUCUAUAAAUAAUGAACCCAUCGUAUUUUAUCGUUGAGUGUGAGUUACUGUGAGCGUGAGUGAACGUCAUCCACCGAACCGUCACAGCCGAAGUGGGCGUGGGAUCCCUGCUCGCCCAGAGUCUAAGGUUGGUACCUGGAGACCUGAUCUUGUCCCCUGACCCUGGUCUUGGCCAGAUCUCCACUCUGAUCUUGUCUUUGACGCAGUUUUUCUCUAAGAUUCCCAUGCUCUCUACACACGACAGGGGUGUCCCGCUGAUCAACGUCCCCUGUCUCUCAAGAACCGAGUAUGUACCUGUGAGUACCUGAAUUGAGGUUACAUACUCUCCCGUCGAAGAACAGGUCGGAACAAAUUCUAUGGCAUGUUUCGUCCGAACCUUUCGACGAAACAUUUAUCGCCAACACCAUCAAAUCAAAGUGGACACCGCUUUUUCUUUCCUUUUUUUUCUUCUCUCUCCGUCUAUCUCAGUCUCCAUCCAUCCACCAAAAAAGAAUGUCAGCCUCUGGGUCUGGGCCCUCACUGUACCUGACUUAGAAAUGCUGUGCCUGGUACCUUACCUCACGUUAGACCACGCCUCAAAAGCCUCUUUUUUCCAAGACAGGUCAUCAGGCCCAGCGCCAACUGGUAGCUCCCGAGCUGGAACCGAAACUUUCACGUCUAUCACCAUUUGCUUCUUUAAGUCUCCCUUGACUUCAGCCCUUUUCGACAAGGUCACCGCCAAUUCUCGUCAGGCUGCCUGCAACCCAUGUAACUGCGGAGGUUGUCUAGUCACGACGUGUCUGAUUAAUAUUGAUGAUAAUGAUUGGGGAAAAAAAAGGGAAUAAGCAAAUACUCCGAAAAGGCCCGUGCUUGAAGAUUCCCGGUCCAGAAUUCUCGCUCCCAAUUGAAUUGCCUGGUCCAUGUUCAAAAGCAUGAGAUGCAGGGCGAACACCAUGUAGAAAUGAAACAAAAGCAAAAUGUCUUGAGCGUGACCUUGAGUCUGAGUGUAAGCCAAUUCAAUUCCCGGGCUUGGGGAUCAAUUCAUCAUGAGAUACCGGUAGAGUACAAUUGGUAUACGAAUGAAGUCGAUACAAGCUCUUUCAGGUAUGAGCUGAUAGCUGAUCAUGCUGUCACUGAGCAUAAAAUUUGUUGGUCGGUUGUUUCGUGUGCACUCCAGCGCAGAUCUGUUGCUGUAAUGCAUUGCACAGCAAGUUGUCGUGGCACCAAAGGGCGAGAACUAAACGUCACUUAUUGCGCAUCUUUUCAC